AGGAUGGUGUAGGAUCAGCUCGCGUCGUACGAUCAGUUCAAGGAAGGGAUGGUGGAGAGCGGGGUGAUGAGGGACGGGCUGGGGACUCACGUCGUGGCGAGUUUCGCGGCGGGGAUAGUGGCGGCUGUCGCGUCGAAUCCGGUGGACGUGAUAAAGACGAGGGUGAUGAAUAUGAAGGUGGAGGCGAGUGGUGGGGAGGCGAGGUACAGAGGCGCGUGGGAUUGCGCGGUGAAGACGGUUAGAGCGGAAGGGCCGAUGGCUCUUUAUAAAGGGUUUGUUCCUACGGUUUGUAGGCAAGGUCCUUUCACUGUUGUGCUCUUUGUUACGUUGGAGCAAGUCAAGAAGCUGCUUCGUGAUUUUUGAUAUCGUUUGUUUUAUUGUUUGAAGAUGAUGAUGAUGACGAAUAUUACUAGCUUUGAUAGGAAUUAUUUGUAUUUGAUUUAUUUCAUUUUCAAUAUAUUUUUGUUCAAACAUUGUUGUUAGAUACAAAUCAGUUUUUGUUUCUUUACUGUUCUGUGAAUGUCGCUACCAAAAUAAAGGAUCAAACGCACAGUUAAAACACAGAAGAAGAGGUGUAGUUUUUGGUUUUUGAAGCAAGAAAAAGAGACUAAAAAGAAUGAAUAUGUUAUUUGUUGUUA